AGUGUUUACUAUAGAAUCAUUGUUGCUUGCACAGCAGACAUGUCAAAAAUUUUUAAGUCAUUUAAAUUUGACACUUGAACUGGGUAUGGUGGCACAGGCCUGUCAUCCCAGCACUCUCGAGGCUAAGGCAGGAAGAUCGCCGAGAGUUUGAGGCCCUCCUGGGCUACAUAAAUGAGUCCAAGGCCAACCUGCACUACAUAGCAAGACAGUCUCAAAAAAAAAAGAUACAAUUUUUUUUUUUGACACUUGUAUGGACUUGAAUGUAGGUAAUAAUAUUACCAUAUCAAUGGCAAUAAAACGACUUUAGAGUUCUCAGUUACUCUCCUGGAAGCCAAAAGAAAAGAAAACAAGUUUCACUUGUCAUAUUUUUUCAUUUGUCAUUGAACACUAGCAAACCCCUCAGCGAAGGGCAACACCAACCAAGUGUACUUGUAGCACAGUUUUAACCAAUUCUGGUGUUUUGUGAUAGUGUAAAUUAAUUGUUUCCGUCCUUUCAGAAUUUGAAAUACUCUUUAUUCUAGUUUGAUCUACCCUACUCCCUACAUUUUAUGAAAAGUUUUGUAACAUGGUUUUUAAAGUUAAGAAUGAAUGAUGAAUGCAGUAUGUUUUGAUAAUAUUCGGGUAGCCUCCUGACCUGCAGGGCCAGCGUGUGGCUGUCGGGAGGGCUCUGGUGUAAUAAUGGGGAGACAGUGACUCCCAUGAAUGCUUCCAUAGACGAGCCGCAUUCCAAGCAGGAAGCGGUGGCCUCGCCCAUCUGCCUUUGAAUGUUGCUUUAUUUUUCUUGACCUCAUUUUCUUUGAGCUCAAAAGCAUAUCUUCUGUUAGGUAAAACAGAAGUAGAUUUCUAGUGCCUGCCUCCUUCAGUUCUUUUUGUCCACUUCUCAAAAAAAAAAAAUAUUGAGAAUUUCUUGUAUGCACAGCACUGGCAUUUAGCCUAUAUAUGACAUUGUGAAUCCCAUGCCUUCUGCUAAUGGCUCUUCAUAGAGUAACUGCCUGCCUUUGAUGUGAGCAAGAGAGUCAGGAGGAAGGGGUCUCACAGCCAAGCCCUGUGGUUCCCUCUCAUCACUUCUCACCUGGUCAGCAGCAGCCAAGUCUGGGCUUUAGACACAUCACCCAUGCGAGGCGAAUACAGAGCUGUUUCUUUUUCUUCACUGUGAAUGGAUGGUAUUUCAGUGAUAAUAAUAGUUUUAUUGAGGGGUAACUGACAUGUAGUGAUCCAUAUAUUUCAUAUGUACAUUUUAAUAUGUUUUGACAUGUUUAUACCCAUGAUAUAAUCAAAAUCAAACUCUUUCCCUCCUUUUUCUCUAACUAAUGAUCUGCUUCCUGUCACUGUAGAUUAGUUUGCAUUUUCCAAGUAUUUAUAUAAGUGGGGUAAAUGCAGUAUGUGCCCUUUUAUUGGCCCAGCUUCUUGCACUCAGCAUAAUUAUUUUAAUAUUUAUUUAUGUUGUUUGUAUUCAUAGUGCCUUCUUUUUUCUUACUGGGUGGUGUAUACCAAAUGGGUGUCAUUACUCAGGUUGCAUUCUGUGCCUAUAAAGCAGCAAGCUUCCUGGGAACCUUGGAAAAUACUUGGGGAGGGAUCCUGACCGAUCCCAGGAGGAUUCCUGGUCAUGAAACCCAAGAAUGAACAAAUUUGUUUGUUCUGCAAGAAUGAACAAAAUUGUUGUUCAAUUUUGUUCUGCUGUAACUGAAAAUAUUUGGCUCUAAGGGCCCUCCAGUCCAUAUAGUACAGAAAUGGAGUGAUUCUUUUUAAAUUUUUAGGUUUGGCCUGUAUUUGUAACCCUUUUCAUAGUAAAUGAAGGGCUCAUCCGUCUCUGCCCCAAGGCAUCUUUUUCUCUCUGGAAUUUUUGGAAAUCCCAUCUAGACGUUGUAUGUUCUUUACCUCUUUCUCCUUCCAGCCUGUGGCCAUUGGAGAUUGGCCCCCCAGAGGAGAAGGUAGAAAAUUAGCGACUCAGCCACCUUCUCUUCCGUGUUCUUAACUUGGUUUCUGCCUUUCAUUUUCCCUGUAAUGAGCAGAUACAGAAACUCUGCAAGUUGGCCUUACCCCAACGUCCCCAGAAUAUUUCUUUCAGUGCAGUAGUAAAACAUUUUAAAGUGUUUACUGAGAUGCCAUGAGUCCACAUGUAGAAAAUCCAGUUUGUUGAUGUAACAGCAGCCAGUUGACCUAGUAACUGGUCACAGAACAGGUGCUCAAAGGGUAGACCUGACUCCUUGCCUGUCGGAGACAAGCUCAGCAAUCCUCUUUAGUCUUGGUUGUUGCAAAUCUGAUGAUAGGCUUAAGUACAGAAUCUAUUUCAUAAUGUCCCCAAGGCCUCAUUGGUGCUUUAAGACUGUCCUUUACCCUGGAUUCUGUAGGGAUGGAGGCUUCAAUUUGAGUAAUAAUUGAUUGCACCAGUUGAGCUCCUCAUGCUUUGGCUUUUCUCUUUUUGGGGUUAACUUCUGGAAAGUGGUAUAGUGUAGUGUUUAGAAUUGGGAUGCUGAUCGUUAAAGAUGGGACUUGGAGGUAGUUGUUAAAAAGUUGGACAAAAACUAUAGUGUUUGUAAGGGAUGUUUUGAGUCUUUUGAAGCAAUUUGGCACCCACCAAGAAGGAACCUCUGUAAUUUUCUCUGUAACAGACUAAUAGAAGCCAGGACACAGGUGGAGAAAAGAAACUGGAAUUGCAGGGUACUGGCAAGUUCUUUUGAUCAUGGAUCCCAAGUCAGAGGAGAGUUUAGAUGAUGUAGGUUUCUGACCUCAAGUGGACAUGGAGGUACUACUUGGUGAAGUAGGGAUAUACAUGGCAGAGGAAUGGUUUAAAUGUGCAAUUCAGUAUUUAGAACGCUGAGUUCACAGAUCAAAGGGACACCCUGGAGUUGGUGUGUGAUGUGAAGUUCAGAUUGGAUCUGGAGUCUGUGGGAGGCUCAGUCUAGAAAUGUAUGUGUGAUAGUCUCUUCUGUGUUCUGGGUUGGAAGUGCCACUGUUUAUGGAAGCAUAGAAGAGGAAGAAGUCAGAGCAUGGAUCCAGGAAAAAAAACUGCAUGGAGGCAGAUGGAGCAUUUUAACCAUCGUGGUGCCAUCUGCGCUGCCAGGGGGUCUCGGGCCAGAGGAGAGCUCAGCCUUGGUGGUAGUUAUGAGACCUGAGUGCCUCUGACAGGCCAUUCGAUGGUAUUAGGGCACUUUGGGAGAAAGGGGGAAAGAGAGCCCCUGGCGCUUUCAUGGGAAAGUAGAAUUAGCAAUGUUGAGGUUGUUUGGAGGUUUUUUGUUUUAGGAAAUGCCAAAGUUUUCUGCCUAUGGAGUUAAAAUUUUCUUUAUAAUGUUUUGGGUGUGGCGCUAGAGUUCAGCAUAGUGAUCUUGGGAUCUGUAGAGUGUACUGAAAACUGCAGCGGUAAGGAGGUGUUUUCCAGUGUGUGUGUAAUAUGUGAGCCCGGACCUCUGCAAGAAGCCUGCUCCCCUGCCUGCUGUCUGCUUGUUUGCUGUUCCUGCACCCACCUGUGGUCCCCUAGGCCUGCACUGGAAGAUGAGUUCAGAUGAGGGGUGACAGUGAAGAGCUCCAAGAGGGCCGGGGUGGGGCAUCAUGGAGCAUCACCGAGGCCUGUCAACUACGUGGUCCCAGAAUUCCCGGUCCCAGCACAGGAGAAGUCCCUGCUCCAGACAUGAAGACCGGAAGCCCUCGGAGGUGUUUAGGACAGACCUGAUCACCGCCAUGAAGUUGCACGACUCCUACCAGCUGAACCCUGAUGAGUACUACGUGUUGGCAGACCCCUGGAGACAGGAGUGGGAGAAGGGUGUCCAGGUGCCUGUGAGCCCAGGGACCAUCCCGCAGCCCGUGGCAAGGGUUGUGUCGGAGGAGAAGUCCCUCAUGUUCAUCAGGCCCAAGAAAUACAUCGUCUCAUCGGGCUCUGAGCCUCCCGAGUUGGGCUACGUUGAUAUCCGCUCGCUGGCUGACAGUGUGUGUCGCUAUGACCUCAAUGACAUGGACGCUGCAUGGCUGGAACUGACCAACGAAGAGUUCAAAGAGAUGGGGAUGCCUGAGCUAGACGAGUACACCAUGGAAAGGGUCCUGGAAGAGUUCGAACAGAGAUGCUAUGAUAACAUGAAUCAUGCCAUCGAGACCGAGGAGGGACUGGGGAUCGAGUAUGACGAAGACGUGGUUUGUGAUGUGUGCCAGUCCCCCGACGGUGAGGACGGCAACGAGAUGGUGUUCUGCGACAAGUGUAACAUCUGCGUGCACCAGGCCUGCUAUGGAAUCCUCAAGGUGCCAGAGGGUAGUUGGCUGUGCCGGACAUGCGCCCUGGGGGUUCAGCCAAAAUGCUUGCUGUGUCCCAAGAAGGGUGGAGCCAUGAAGCCCACCCGCAGCGGAACCAAGUGGGUCCACGUCAGCUGUGCCCUGUGGAUCCCCGAGGUGAGCAUCGGCAGCCCAGAGAAGAUGGAGCCCAUCACAAAGGUGUCUCACAUCCCCAGCAGUCGGUGGGCGCUGGUGUGUAGCCUCUGCAAUGAGAAGUUUGGGGCCUCCAUACAGUGCUCCGUGAAGAACUGCCGCACAGCCUUCCACGUGACUUGUGCUUUUGACCGGGGCCUGGAAAUGAAGACCAUCUUGGCAGAGAAUGAUGAAGUCAAGUUCAAGUCCUACUGCCCCAAGCACAGCUCACAUAGAAAACCUGAAGAGAGCCUGGGCGAGGGGGCCGCGCAGGAGAACGGUGCCCCGGCGUGCUCCCCCCAGGACCCGCUGGAGCCCUUCUCCAGCCUCGAGCAGAACCGGGAGGAGGCCCACCGGGUGAGUGUCCGCAAGCAGAAGCUGCAGCAGCUGGAGGAUGAGUUCUACACCUUCGUCAACCUGCUGGAUGUGGCCAGGGCUCUGCGGCUGCCUGAGGAAGUAGUGGAUUUCCUGUACCAGUACUGGAAGUUGAAGAGGAAGGUCAACUUCAACAAGCCCCUGAUCACCCCAAAGAAAGACGAAGAGGACAAUCUAGCCAAGCGGGAGCAGGAUGUCUUGUUUAGGAGGCUGCAGCUGUUCACGCACCUGCGGCAGGACCUGGAGAGGGUUCGGAACCUCACUUACAUGGUGACCCGCAGGGAAAAGAUUAAACGAUCUGUGUGCAAAGUCCAGGAACAGAUAUUCAAUCUUUACACUAAGCUCUUGGAGCAAGAAAGAGUUUCAGGUGUGCCUUCUUCUUCCUGCUCUUCCUCUUCACUGGAAAAUAUGCUUCUGUUUAACAGUCCUUCGGUGGGCCCUGAUGCUCCCAAGAUAGAGGACUUGAAGUGGCAUUCUGCAUUCUUCAGGAAACAGAUGGGUACUUCCUUGGUCCACUCCCUGAAAAAGCCUCAUAAGCGAGACCCAUUGCAGAACAGCGCCGGGAGCGAGGCCAAGACCCUGCUCAAGCAGCCGGCCCUGUGUGGCGGGAGGGAGGGGCUGGGAGUUCCCGAGAGCCUUCUCGGUUUUGGAAAGACUUUUGCAGAAGCACGUCUCAUAUCAGCACAACAGAAAAAUGGGGUGGUGAUGCCAGACCACGGGAAGAGAAGAGACAAUCGUUUUCAUUGUGAUCUCAUUAAAGGAGACUUGAAGGAUAAACCUUUUAAACAGAGUCACAAGCCUCUCAGGUCCACGGACGUGUCUCAGAGGCAUCUGGACAACACAAGAGCUGCCCCUUCCCCCGGAGCGGGGCAGUCAGCACCCGGCACCAGGAAGGAGAUCGUGCCCAAGUGCAACGGCUCCCUAAUCAAAGUGAACUAUAAUCAGACUGCAGUCAAAGUGCCUACCACACCUGCCAGCCCAGUGAAAAACUGGGGAGGAUUCCGGAUUCCAAAGAAGGGGGAGCGGCAGCAGCAGGGAGAGGCCCAUGAGGCGGCCUGCCACCAGCACUCAGACUACCCGUAUUUGGGGUUAGGGCGAGUUCCAGCCAAGGAAAGGGCAAAGAGCAAAUUAAAAUCCGACAACGAGAAUGACGGGUACGUCCCUGAUGCAGAAAUGAGUGACUCAGAGAGCGAGGCAUCGGAAAAGAAAUGUAUACACGCCAGCAGCACCAUCAACAGGAGGACAGACAUCAUCAGGAGGAGCAUCCUGGCUUCUUGAUGACAGAGGUGGCACAGGGAGCACGUGGGCUUGUUGGGUGUGCUGGGGGAGAGCUCUGACGUGGGGGACAAGCAGAAACACAUUAUUCCUGAGAUACACAAACACAUUUACUUGUCACUCAAGCUGAAUUUUUCCAGAGUCCUUUAUAAAUCAUUUGCAACUCAUUGAGGAAAGAGAAGAGUAGAUGGUAACUGUAAGACACUCCCAAGAUUAGAACCUGAACUAAACACUAAAACAAGAAUGAAUUAACUUUUUAAGAGGGCAAGGCUUAAAUAAGACUCAUGAAUUUUAAUUGCCCUCUGCAUUCUUCCCAAAGCACAAACUCUUGGUUACCUGGAUAUAUGGAAUCAGAUAUAAUUCUGUACACUGAAUCAAUGCCAUUUAUACCCUCAUGUACCAUUUAUAGCCCAUAAAGCUUGUUUGCUAGGACUGUGGUAGAUCUUGACAUCGUUGUGGCCCACAAGGCUGUUUGGUUGCGUUAAUAGGAUACAGGCAGCAGCUCUGAAGCUUCAGUAACGCUAGGGAAUUCAUGUGUAAAUAUAGCAGUCAGGGAAGAGAUAAUUUUUCAGAAGGUCAUUACUGGAAGAGCUGAAAGGACAGGGUAGAGCUGCUGCAGCUUGGUGACAAAGGUCCUGCUGGCGGAAGCCGCGAGAACUGACAAACGUGAGGGCGUUAGGAAAAUGUUUCUUCGAGGACAGGCAGGUAGGGUCCAAGUUUUCCAGUCCCAUUGACCUCCUUCCCUAACCACUGGUUUUGGGCCAGGUUGGGGUUUCCCUGACCAUUGCCAAUACCUGGCCGCCUGGCCUCUGACAACGCAAUGGCUAUUCAAGUUCAGGCGAUGAACUGCAGACUCUGAUGUUCCCAGAGCCAGCCACUAGUGCAUAUGCUGGUGAAUCCGGAUUUCUAUCAUAAAUGGAUUCCUUAAGAAAAAAGGAUAAAAGGAGAAAAAAAAAAAGAAAAAGAAAGAAAAAAAGAAAAAAGUGAAAUAGGUUAUAUUUUAAAAUAGUAGAAAGGCAAUAAGUUGUGAUAAGUUCUUACCAUUGACCAAUACAGGAAAGAGACUGAAGUGUACCCUUGAAUAGGUUUUCUGGAGUCAGAGUUCUAAACUCUUUAAUUUGUGACUUGGAUUUUCUAAUUGCAAAUGGCAAUAAUUAGUAAGUUAUCAGCAAUAAUAAAUUUAGCAUUAAAUUUGAGUACAAUGUUCUGUUUUGCACUCACUAUAGUGCACAUGUAGUAAGACAGUGGAUAGUGUUAAGGUCCUGUUAAUUUUCUUUGGAAUUCAAUGUAGUUGUGAAUCAAAUUUAAGAGAAGGAACGUUUAAAUAGCAAUGAGAUUUAGGAUACGGGCAUUUGGAAGAAGCCCAGCUUCCCCUAAAUUACCCUUUGGUUUGUUAAUUUCAGUAUUCAGAUUUCUGAUUUAUUUGUACAUCUGUUUCCAUGUGGCAGGGACAUUUCUGAUACUUAACGAAUACUGCUUUGAGUUCUGUAGUUAACUUUCAAGUCUUCCAGAUGAUUGUCAACAAAAGAAAAGGCUUAUUGAAUUCCAUCUUGCUAUGCAAGUUUUACCUGAUGAUCAAGUAGUAGAUCUGAUGCAUCCCCAUUGUAUGUAUGACAUUUUCAAACCAAGUCUUAACUUUUCAAGUACAUUUAGUAGCUAAUUCAGGGGAGGGGAAAGAAUGACCCAGAUUUUUAGAUUGACUAUUUUUGAGCUAUGGGGCUCAUUUUGAAAGACUGCUGUCCAGGUCAGCUUGUUGCUACAGAUAUUAGAAGGUUCUUCUGAAUCCAGGUUGUACAUUGAGUCAGAAUAAUUUAGAUGCUUUUGCAUAUAAGCAAAAACCUUUUGCUGGAUGUAGGAGAAGGUUGGACUCUACAGUUAUCUUCUGAUUACAGUAACAGCUCUGGGCAAGAGUAGAAUUUAUAGAGGGAUAAUUUGUGAAGCCAUAGAAAGAAAAUCUAAAUUAACCUAGUAAGUAUAUGACCUCUCACCAUUUUAAGAGGUAUCAGAUUCAUUUGCACUAUGAGGAAUGCUAGUUUUGUGCAAAAAUAAUGCCUUACCUAUUUUUCCCCACGUUUAGGUUGAAAAGCUUUCAAAUGUUCCAAGUUAUGCUGAACCAAAAAAUAAAACACAACAACAACAACAAAAUAAAAAUAAAAUACCCCAUACAAAAAACAAAACACAAAAAAAUAAAAGCCCACGCUUUUUAUUCCUGCUUCAAAAUGCAAAUGGUAUAGAGCACGGUUUCUCUGACAGUAUAAUGAUAGCUUUGUGAGUUAGUUUCAUGUCACGCUGGGAACUCUGUAUGAGGUGGCCAUAAGCAGCAACCAGCCCACUUGCAUUCUAUUAGUAUGGAACCAUUUGCUUUUUUUCCUUUUCCUUUCUUUCUUUUUUAAUCUUUCCUUGUGCAUCCUGACCAAGAAAUAUCUUUGAUUAUGAUCAGUGUAUUAUGUCAAAAUGUAGGCUAGUUAAAACUUCUGUAAAGUUGCCUGGAAUGUCAUUUGUUAGAUUAUAAACACAAAAUCUAAACAAAGGGUUUUAUGUGUUGUGUACAAAUCAAUUAUUUUGAAAUGGACAAACUUGUCAUUACAUUUGUAACCUUGUACAGAGGAUUUUCACUAUGUGCCUAGCUUGGUGUCCAUUCAGCUAAAAUUGAAAAAAAAAGGUGCAUGAAGAGUUAAAAAUCAGAAAUUAAACAAAAUAUAUGUAGAGAUGACUAUUUUAUAUUACAUGGCCCGAUCCUGUAUUUAUUUCUACCCCCUUUUUGAAAGUAUUUAUAAAACUAGUUGAGGACAGCUGUAUUUUUUUGUUGGAACUAUUUGGUAGAAUUUGUGCCUUUUUGUCUGUAUGUGAAUAAAUGCUGUACAUUUUGCAAUACA